AUGCACUUUCGGCCACUCCUGAUAAUUGGUGCUAUAUCCUAUCGCUGCACUGCAGGUCCUGUAGAGGAGACAUCCUUGAUGGAUCUGAACGGCCAUGUCACCCCACCCAUGAAUAUAACCAGCAUUCAAAACAUCACCACUGCAGGCGAUAUCGGUCGCUGUAGCCUCAACAGCUUAUAUUGCUUCAAGCAGAUUGUCAAGGAUUUCGGCUACCCAAUUGACCAGCUCAUUUAUCAAUACUGCCGCGAUGUCGGGGAUAAGGAUCCAGAUUGUAGGACCUGCGCAACGACGGGGUGCUGUUCCAGUGUGCGGACGACAAGGGCUGGUAUUCGUACACCGGCUCGUGCCUUCAUAAUCGUUGUGCAGUAG